AGCGAAGCGAGGCAGUGAGCCAGUGCGCGGCAGCGCCGCAGCAAAAGCUAGCCGCGAAAAGGCCCUUUCUUUCCCCUCGGCCGCAUCUCAUAUCAUGACGACGGCGACGCCGACCCAGCGCGGCAGUAGUGCCAGUGGCGCUGGCGGCCCACUGCCACUGACCCGGCCACUCCACUCCCGCCGCUACCCGUCGCCCCGCUUGCUUCUCCUACUUGUGCACCCCUACCGCGCGCCACCUCUCGCUCUCGCUCUCGCUUUCGCUUUCCCAUUUGCGCCCCGCAUCGCACUUAUCUGCUUGGAGGAUUUGGACGGGGGGCGAGAAAAGCAAAGCAGGCCAAGUGGGGAAAGAAAGAACCGGGCCGUGCGGAUGGGCGUGUAGGGAGUCUAGGAGCUGUAGGCCGUUGGCCUCGCCUGGGCAGCAAGGAGAUGCCUCCCCGAAAGCGGGCGGGGCAGGGCGGGUGCGGGUGCUGGGCCGCCGUCUCGCGGGGCCUCCGCGGGGCGUGCUUCCGGCUGGCGAAGGAGGCGGAGGUGGACGGCGAUGGCGGCGCGGCCAAGGGCAGCCACGUCCACGACGCAGCAGCAGAGACAAGAUAUCUAAAUACUAGCAACCGAGAGCUUGGUGAUCAUUUUCAGACAAACCAUGAUGAUGAAAAUGGUGUUGAUGCAUCAAUUGAAAAGAAAACACCACCCAAGCUACUUCAGUUUACCUUUCAAGAGUUGAAAUCUGCCACCAUUAACUUCAGGCCAGACAGUAUUCUUGGGGAGGGUGGGUUUGGUUAUGUCUUCAAGGGGUGGAUUGAGCCUAACAGCACAGCUCCUGCAAAACCUGGCACAGGUGUUACUGUGGCAGUUAAAAGUUUGAAGCCAGAUGCUCUUCAAGGUCAUAGAGAAUGGGUGGCAGAAGUUGAUUUUCUGGGACAAUUGCAUCAUAAACACCUUGUUAAGCUGAUUGGAUAUUGUAUUGAGGAUGAUCAAAGGUUACUUGUAUAUGAAUUCAUGGCACGAGGAAGUCUUGAAAAUCAUCUUUUCAGAAGGGCUCUUCCCCUACCUUGGUCCAGCAGAAUGAAGAUUGCUCUAGGUGCUGCGAAAGGACUAGCCUUCCUCCAUGGAGGUCCCAAACCAGUUAUUUACAGGGAUUUUAAGACAUCGAAUAUUCUUCUUGAUGCGGAGUACACUGCAAAACUUUCUGAUUUCGGUUUAGCAAAAGCUGGUCCUCAGGGUGAUAAAACUCAUGUCUCUACUCGGGUUGUUGGAACCUAUGGUUAUGCUGCACCAGAGUAUGUAAUGACAGGGCACUUAACAUCUAAGAGUGAUGUCUAUAGCUUCGGAGUUGUGUUGCUCGAGAUGUUAACCGGUAGAAGAUCAAUGGACAAGAAGCGGCCUGCUGGGGAGCAGAACCUAGUUGCAUGGGCAAGGCCUUAUCUAAAUGAUCGGCGAAGGCUCUAUCAGCUCGUAGAUCCUCGCCUGGGACUAAACUAUUCUAUCAAAGGGGUGCAGAAAGUUGCUCAGAUCUGCCACUACUGCCUUAGUCGUGAUACUAAGUCCCGUCCAUCGAUGGAUGAAGUUGUCAAGCAUAUCACACCGUUACAGGAUCUAAAUGACAUGGCAUCUGCAUCAUUCAGGCCUCGGUCGUCUCAGCGUGAGCCCAUCAGAAUCCAAACCUGGUGUAGUGCAUCUGAAACAGUUCUGGCUGAGAUGGAAUGGAGCACCGGAUUGCUGAGUCCGAUGCUGUUUACAUGUGGAGGAACAGUAAAAUUUUGGCAUCGAGGCAUCGACUGCGACAGGCUAGCUACAUCUACAGCAUUGUCAACUUACGCCAGAAUUGCAAGCAACAGCUGAGCCGGACGAGUCCUGAUUACCAAUACGAUUUCACAACACAAACAGAUCCAAAACCGGACUGAACCUGCUCGUUUUCUACAGAUGAGGCAAGGCAGCCUGUGCCGUCAAUUCCAGUGAACCUGUGACUCUUGCACCCUCCUGAACGACUCCUCUCCAACCGGAAACAUUGCCGAAUCUGGCUUUGCCGUCCAUGCAGCGUGUUUACCCGGAACAAAGCAACUCAGCUCAUGCUCACCUCACGAGGGCACGACACGC